CGGCGCUUGCGCAGUGAGAGGCGGGUCCGCAUGCGCGCUGGGGCCGAGCGAAGCGCACGCUGAGGCGGUUCGGCGUUCGGUGUCGGUGUUCCGAGUCUGCUCGUUGCCAUUAAGGAGCGCGGCGCGGGACCCUGGUUCGGGAUUCGCACACACACCUCAGAAUGCCAGGCCUAAGUUGUAGAUUUUAUCAACACAAAUUUCCUGAAGUGGAAGAUGUAGUGAUGGUGAAUGUACGAUCCAUUGCUGAAAUGGGGGCUUAUGUCAGCUUGUUGGAAUACAAUAACAUUGAAGGCAUGAUUCUUCUUAGUGAAUUAUCCAGAAGACGCAUCCGUUCUAUAAACAAACUGAUCCGCAUUGGUAGAAAUGAAUGUGUAGUUGUCAUUAGAGUGGACAAAGAAAAAGGAUAUAUUGAUUUGUCAAAAAGAAGAGUUUCUCCAGAGGAAGCAAUCAAAUGUGAAGACAAAUUUACAAAAUCCAAAACUGUUUAUAGCAUUCUUCGCCAUGUUGCUGAGGUAUUAGAGUAUACCAAGGAUGAGCAGCUGGAAAGCCUGUUUCAGAGAACUGCCUGGGUUUUUGAUGACAAGUACAAGAGACCUGGAUAUGGUGCCUAUGAUGCCUUUAAGCAUGCAGUCUCAGACCCAUCUAUCUUGGAUAGUUUAGAUUUAAAUGAAGAUGAACGAGAAGUACUCAUUAACAAUAUCAAUAGGCGUUUGACCCCACAAGCUGUCAAAAUUCGAGCAGAUAUUGAGGUAGCUUGCUAUGGUUAUGAAGGCAUUGAUGCUGUAAAAGAAGCCCUGAGAGCGGGUUUGAAUUGUUCUACAGAAACCAUGCCCAUCAAGAUUAAUCUAAUAGCUCCACCCAGGUAUGUGAUGACAACAACAACCCUAGAGAGAACAGAGGGCCUCUCUGUUCUUAAUCAGGCUAUGGCAGUCAUUAAAGAGAAGAUUGAAGAGAAGAGGGGAGUGUUCAAUGUUCAGAUGGAGCCCAAAGUGGUCACAGAUACAGAUGAGACUGAACUUGCAAGGCAGCUGGAACGGCUUGAGAGAGAAAAUGCAGAAGUAGAUGGAGAUGAUGAUGCAGAAGAAAUGGAAGCCAAAGCUGAAGAUUAACCUUUGGAAAACAGUCUCAAUUUAAGGAAUACGAAGCAGCCCUUUCUGGCUGUACAUCCGAGACUUGACAGUUUUCCAGUAUUGAAAACUUCAAAGCUGAAUAUUUUUAUUUCCAAGUAUUUAAGUAUUCAACAAACCAGACUCUAAAUGCCCUCCUUCAUGUCAGCUGUUUUCACAUAGUAGCUCUAACACCUCAAGCAUUUUUUAAGGGAGUGGCUUGAUUUGACCAGAGACAAAUCUUAAACAGCAGUCCUAAAACUGUGCUUGCAGUUUCCAUUUCUGAUGUCUCUGGAUUGGCACCCUUAUGGUUCAGAGAUUUGCCAGGGGCACAAAGCAGAAAUAAUCCCAAUCUUUCUAUAUAAAAUGUAUUCAAGUAAACAUCAAAUAAAUUUCUGGGAUAUUAAUUGUAGGCUUCUUCCUUCUUGUCACCAGUUAAAAGCCAAUCUGAAUGCUCAGACCCUAAUUAUCUUCUUAUGGUAGGUAGGCAAGUAAUCAAAUGACCUAUGCAAUAACAGACUUUCAAAAGGAAUGUUUAGAGAAGCAGUUGUGAAUUUAACCAUAGUGAAUUUGAUCCCUAGUAGAGAAAAACCCUAAAAUUCAGUUAAUUAUGUGCCUGUUACGUUGUUUGUGACCAGGGACAACGUGAAUGAAAGAAGUCAUCACACUUGGUCCCUUUGGUAUAUACUAAACUAUAACCUGAAUUUAUAAUUCAAGGGGUUUUUUUAAGUGCUGCUGCUUUGAUGUAGUUACUUUGAGCAGCAUCACCCAGGUGAAGGGGACAGUUUCCUCAUUAUCUAGUAGGUGCUACCUAGAUCUUUAGUUUAUAUAUUUAAAAAAAAAAAAAGUUGCAGGAUCUGAUUUAACACAAACUUUUUAAUGUUCCUAUAAAGGUUAAUGUGUAAAAUAAAUCUCACAAGUAACACAUACAAAGUUACAACUACAGUAGUCAAAUGUAGAAAAUCAUCAUUUAGUUUGGCAUGCUUGUCUUAGGAUAUUUGUAGUACUUAUUGUCUGUAGGCAAACUUAAAACUUAGUCUGGGUCUAAACUAGGAAGGGUUCUAGAGUAGGGUAUGGUAACAUAUGCUUGCUUAUGGCUCUAGUACUUGGAAAGCUGAGGAGGGAAGACUCCUUGAGUUGAGAAUUAUUGAUCAGCCUGGGCAAACAUUGCAGGACUGUAUCUCAAAAGGAUUAGAAAUCAGAAUGUUGGGAGAUAUUUUAUGCCAUUUAUGAACAUUUGUCCCUUUCUUUAACAUAGUAGUCUGUUAGCCUUUUAAUCUACUGGUCUAACCUCAUGGCCCAUUUCCAAGGAACCAUGCUUGCCAGUCAACAUACCAUGUUGCUGGUAUUUAGGGAAUUUAAAUGUACUCCAGAUUGGCACAUUGUUUUCAUAGCUGUCUACAGCAGUUGUUCUCAACCUUCAUAAUGCAGCAACCUUGCAAUGCAAUGGUCCUUCAACCUUGGUGACCACCAACCAUAAAAUUAUUUUUGUUGCUGCUUCAUAACUCAUUUUGCUACUGUUGUGAAUCUGUGUUUUUCAGUGGUCUUAGGCAACCCUUGUGAAAGGGUCAUUUGACCACCUUGGGUUGUGACCCAAAGGUUGAAAACUAUUGGUCAAGCAUCAAGAAACAAGUUUAGGGCCAGGUAUGGUAGUAUAUGCCUUUAAUCCCAGCAUAGACAGAUGGAUCUCUUAAGUUCAAGGUCUAUAUAUCAAGUUACAGGCCACCCAAGACCACAUAGUGCUAUCCUGUCCCCCAAAAAAAAAAAAAAUUUUUUUUUCAAGUUUGCAACACAAAGGGCAUGAAGGUGUUAUCAAAAUUGUGCUGGUAAUUAAUCUCAGCUAUUCCAGACAGACAGGAAUAUACAAAUACUCCUUUAAAAUUUUUAAAUGUAACUCAGUUGACCAAGCACAUACCUAGCAUGUCAGGGCCCUGGGAUCAAUCCCCAUUACCACAGAAGAAAAAAAUGUAUUGUCAAAUAUAACAAGUGUCCUUUUCAUGGGAAUUGUUUACUGAAAUUUUUUAUAUUUAAAAAAAAAAAUUUAGCCAUACGUGAUUGCACAUGCCGUUAGUCCCAGCACUCAGGAGGCAGAGUCAAGCAGAUCUGUGUUCUAGGCCAGCCUGGUCUACAAAGCAAGUUCCAGGGCUGUUACACAGAAAUAUUGUCUCAAAAACAAAAAAAUUUAAGCCAGGCAUGGUGGCACACACCUUUAGUUCGAACAGCCUCAAGACCAGCCUGAUCUACAGAGCAAGUUCCAGAACAGCCAGGCUACACAGAGAAACCCUGUCUCAAAACAAGACAAAGAAUUAGAGAUAGCAAAGGGCUCUGUGAUGAUUUGUAUCCCAUCUGAGCUUUUCUGCUAGGUUCUACAGUUGUGUAAAAAAUGACCCUAGCCAGGGAGAUGAGAACUACGUUAAUAUUGUGAUGAAAAGAACAAACUAAAACACAUGAGGCCUAGAGUACUCACCCAGCCAUGAAAUAGGGAACAGAAUGGACAAAUAGAACAACUUACCAUAUCUUAGUUCUCCCACCAAAGCCUUUUCAUUAAAAAUGCUAACAGGUCUGUUUUCCCUCUCCUGCUUUUAGUUACAGUCAUGGUCAUGAAUUCAAACAACAAAAUGAGCAGCAUUUUAAAUCUACAUUAGUGAGCUGAAACUGGCUAAAAAGAAACAUUGAAAUGGCUUUUAUAUCAGUUUUAUAACCAAACAUACCAGUUCUCAUGAAUAUGUUCAAGUUUUUGGGUUUUGAGAUCUUUGUGCCACUGCUCAGCCGCCAUAACCAGCCAUUUGUGUUCAAGUUUUUGGGUUUUGGUUGGUUGGGUUUUGUUUCAUGUGCAUUUUUGGGGUUGGGUGUUUUAUUUUGGUUUGGUUUGGGUUUUUCAAGGUGUUCAAAUUCUUAACUGGAACGAUGGAGAUGUGCUUAUCUUUGUGCCCUAACAAGCCAUUUGUGUCCUAGGUAUUUUUUCACAUCAAAAACAAAGUGAGUAGGGGUGAAAAAAAGUUAGAUCUAGUACCUUGCCAGCUUCACUGCUUUGUCUUGAGCCAAUGCUCAUCUGUUUGGAACCCUUGAGAAUCCUUUUCUCACCCAUAGCUAUGGGAAGCAUGGGUGUGGCAGGAAAGCAGGAAGCUAUCAAACCAAAUGUAGUUCAGAUAAGCACCUGUCAAUAUUCUAAAAUUCUAGGUUUAUUAAACCUGGAAAGAUGCCAAAUGGGAAAAAAAUGGUGCUUGAAAAGGCAGUCUCUUACAAAGUAAGGAAUAAAGGGGGGAAGGGGAAACAUGCUCUUGGGAUUCCUGACUAUUCAGGGUCAGGUAUUCUAGACAUUAAGAGGAAAUUUAUUUUAAGAGAAAUUUUUACUUAGGCACUUUAGAAAUAUCCACUCCCCUUAAAUGUAAGUUAUGUAUUUUAUCUAUUAAAAUCCAAGCCAUUGUCCUUGGCAAGAAUGCUGGCCGUAACUGCCAGAUCACUGUAUAAACUUAAUAAAAAUGUUUAUUAAAA